AUGGUUACCUCAGGUGCUCUGCCUCGGUCUAUACGCUGUUGGACCUGGACAGUAGUAUCGAGGUGGUAGAGGCGGAUGUACCAUACUGCUCUUUCCCCCUAUCUUUGGCACCAGGGCCCGUGUUCAUCUUUGCAUUUUUCCUUACCAGUAUAUUACCAACGUCGAUUGGAACUGAACUGCAGUCUUUUGCAUUGUCCUCAACCUGUGGGUUGUAGUAUUUACAAUGAAUCAAGACAAGUCUUCGCAAGUCACCACUGGUCCACUUCCCAAGAGUGUAAAGGUGCGAACGACCUGCAAUGCUUGCCAGCAGGCGAAAAUUCGAUGCAGCCAUGAGAAACCCUCAUGUUUACGAUGCCAAAAGCACAACUACAGCUGUAUCUACAGCAUUUCUCGACGAUUAGGGAGACCGGCCAAGAAAAAAGAUACUGCAACGAAUGGAAACCAUUUCAACAUGCCAAAGCAUGCCCGAGGUCCUUUGGACAAGAGAUUCCGUGGGUACCCCAGAAAGAAGAGGAUUAUAGAGGAGCCGGUGCACGAAGUCAGGGCGAAUCUAUCAAGCUACCAGUGUGUCAAUGAGAGAGCGAUGCUUGACAACAAUGCAAGCGAAAGCCUCGAAAACCUUGGUGUGAAUGAUGCAAGUCUACACCAAGACUGCUUUAUGGAUCCUAAUCAUUCCGACGGCAACGACCUAUCUUCAGAUAAUUGGCUGCAGGAGUUCAUGUCGAAUUCUGUCGCGGAUUUAGUGCAGGAGCGCGAACUGCUAGACUCCCUCGGCCCGAGCAACAACAAGACCGAGAGCGUCAACAACACGAGUCCCUCUCAUUCAAGCCACUUUACAAGCCCAUCAAGAAGUUUCCUUACGACGGACUCUCAAGACCAAGCCCCAGAGUGCUACUAUCUGGCUCCGAGCAACUUCCCUAGCCAUAGCCAGUCCCCUGCGGAUGACGCCCACGGACCUGCAGACAGCCGGACCUCUGACCUUGAAGCUUUGAAGAAAGACUCUCUCGCCUGGCUACAGCCGGCUACCUCGUCUAUCGAUAGUAUUCCACCAACGGUAACAAGAGCGAUGUCAGCGACGGAGCCUUUCGGCAGUUUCAUCCCAACGAGAGCUCCGAAGCUUAACAACGCCUACAGCUAUGUGCCAGAACACUUCAAGACAAAUUCCACCAUGCCUAGUCUCCAAUACCAGUGCCAAUGCCACGAACCGACGAUACGCGAGUUGAUUCAGGUUAACAACUUUGCAUCGCGUGCGGGACCUGCAGCUACGAUUGACUCCAUCUUGAAUUGUCAACGCGUGCUGCAGCAACUUUCGCACACCAUCCUUCAAUGCAACCUAUGCUCCCGUACCUGGAUCAAUCUAUUGAUGAUGGUCGUGGUCAGCAUUGACAGCCUAGUGACCGCUCUAGAGGCCAUUAUAUCCCUGGACAGCGGACUUGCAGAAAGGCUGUUCGCGGAGAACCCUGAGCCACUCCCUACAAGUAACAGGCCCGAUAACAUUCCCAGCGCGAACUUUGGACGAUGCCGGGCAAGCAGCCUUUAUCUGAAGACACAGGUGGAUGCCUGUCCGUUAGUGGUAGGAGGAUUCUGUGUUCCAUUUGAGGACAAAUUUCUUUUCAUAGCCCAGGUGCUGUACCUCCGGUUAUCAGAGUUGCAGAUGACCGUGCGUCGCAUCCGUCUAUGUACGCAAGAAGUUUUGGCAGUUCCUGCUGCCCGGGGCAGGCUGGGAAUGAUAAUGGAGACCGAUCAGCGGCUGGAGCUGAUUAUGAUGAAGACUAAAUUGCUAGCACAGUCAUGAUUUAUACUCGCUUAUCUCAAUCGUACAUCACUUUCGGCUCAG